CCAUGGCAACCUCCCGAGAACACAGGAAGAAUGACCGCGAUGACAAUCGGUGUCGAAAAGUCCCUCUGGCAACAAGUGUGUGAAGAGUUUGAAGCUGAGCAGCCCAGUCCUCCCAGAACCUCAACAGCUGAAGCCACUUCGCCUCCGCAAAUCCAUGAACGUCAUGUCACACGUUUCCUGGAGAAGAUGGUGUUUCCUGUGUUGUUUCCUGGAUUGGAGGCUUUGCUGAGGGAAGCCCAGCAUCACGACUGUUUUGAGAGGAAAAUAACAGCCUUUAACCCAUGGGAUUUCCUAACAGAGUGGCUUUACAACCAUAACCCCCGUAGGCAAGGACGGGUCCCAGUGAAAUUUCACAACAUCCCCUUUGUCAAGGACUGGCUCAGCGUGCACCCCAGGCCUCCCCUUCCUCUGUUUCUGCAGCUGAGCGAGGAUCAAGCCGCUCUGCUCAUCCAGGCAUUCUGGCGGGGAUACAAGGUCAGGGCGCGGCCAGAUGUGCAGGAGCUGCGCCAGUGGCAGAAGGAACUGAGGGAAAGCCACGACAUCGCCAAGACUGUGGAGCGGUUCUGGGCAAAACAUGAGAGCCGAGUGGGUUCGGUCAUGACAGAUUUUCCAGAAAGCCCUCAGCCCGACGACUCUGACGUGUCCAUCCAAGUUGUUCCUGCCACUCCCCUGAGCACUGCACCCAACGCGUCCCCCACCCCCCAGAUGACCCCGGAGGCCGGUGAGUGGCUGACCCCCAGCCACCCGCUGGAUCUAUCCCUCACUGCAGCAUCUCCAUCUUUACUAGGAACUAGCAACCUGACCUGGUGAUGACUGAACUCAUUAGCUCCAUGAGCAAGGCUUUUCUGCUGAUUAAAGGCUAUUAAACUCUGUUAGGUUGAUAUAACUGACCAAAGUGAUCACUCAAACAAACCAUUAAAAUGCCUGUAACCAAUUGGACAUGGCCAGGCCAGAGUUUAUGGUCCGAGGUCCGUGUCUAAUUAGUUUAUUGCUUUUAUUGC